GCAACUUUGUGGAUUUAACGCUUCCUUCUCAGGACUUCAUGAGGGUUUAACAUGUCCAUACUGCUUAAACAGUCCCCGUGUUGAUGCUGGAGAGGUAAAGUCUGUCAGAUUGAUGGCUGCCUGUGUGCUGUGUCGACGGGUGCCCAGGCUAUGCUACCUCCCAGGCUUGAGAAAGGACUCUACCCAGACUCAGCAUGUGCCUUUCAAACAAAAGGAUGAGACUGAUGAUCAUGAGGGGAAGAAAGGAGUACUGCAACACCAGGAUCCUUCUUCUCAAGGAGGAUACAGGCUGUAUUACAACCCUUCCUCAUAUCAUUACUCUGUGUGGAACUCUGGAACCUCCCAGAGCCAAACAGAUAAUGACGAAGAUGAACAGUGUAUCUCCACUCUCGCACCUUCCUUCUGGCAACAGAGCAAUCGCUACAGUGUGAGUUGCUCGCGGCACCUCUCCAGCUCAAAAAACACACUUCUUGACUUAGCUUUCAACAAAGGCCCUGAACCCGAGAUGCCAUCAGUUUCACCGUACUACAGAAAACCCACACUGCCAGAUGUUAAGGUAGAUACACGUGCCUUCCUCAAAUGCCGGCCAGGGUAUGCCUCCAUAACCCUUGACCUCACCCAGCGGCCUCGCCCAAUCGAAUGGGAAGAGGCCUUGCUGCUGCUCCAAAAAGUGACUAUUUUAAAAGGCAGCAUGAAACCAUGUGAUGUGUCUCACUUUCUUGUGGAGCUCAGCCAUUUACACCCGGAUAAGAUGUCAUUAGUGAGGAGUGACCAACGUUUCAUCAUGCUCCUCCGGUAUUCUGUGGAACACCUUCGCCUCUUUAAUGAUCUUCAGCUGCUGGAGGUGCUGCAGUCCUUUGUGUGGCUGGACAUGCCCUGUGCCCACACUGUUCUUGGGCUGUAUGAGGCCGAGCUGAGCCGCCGGGCCAACCAAAUGAGUUUACACCAGUUGCUGUUAGCUGCUGACUUGUGGCGUUGUAUUGGGAGGCAGGUCCCCCAGUUCUUACAGCACCUUUAUGAUUCAGUCCGUCUGCACCUGGGACAAAUGGGGGUCCCUGAGCUAGUGCAACUAUUGUAUAUAAUGGGAGAAGGUAGGCGGAGCCCAAAAGACUUGAUCUAUCCUGUAGAGCAGCUUCUCAUGCGUCAUUUACAGCAACUGUACCCUGAGGAGGUUGGUGCUGUAUGCCUGGGGCUCUUUAAAUCCCAGACUUCAAUAUCUGAGGGUUCAGUGACUCGCAUUGUUGAUAAGGCACACUCUUUGGUGGAGGACAUGAGCGACUUUGCCAUGGUGAAUGUGCUGAAAUUUCUACGUUUCAGCUACCUGUAUCACAGGGCGUGGCUGCAGGCCAUGGCACAGGAAGUUCCUCGACGGGCCAACAGGAUGGGUGUCAAGGGGCUGAUGCAUGUGGCACUGGCCUGUUCAGCGCUGCAUUACCGUGAUGAUAACAUCCUAAUGGCAAUUGCUGAGCGAGUUCCCUCUCUGGUGCCACACUGUAGGAGCAAAGACUCAUGCAAACUGCUUUGGGCCUUUGGCACAUUAGGGUUUCUCCCAGUCCAGAGCCCAAGCUUCUAUCCGAGCCUCACAGAGGCCCUGAGAAGGAGGAAAGCUGAAUUCCAACGAUACCCAGAGCAUCUGCUUACUGGUCUUCUUGGCCUGGCCUUUGUCUCUCAGUUCCCAGAGGACCUUAUUGCAUUGGCUUUGAGUCCUGACUUUGUCAAUUUAGCACUGAAAUCCACACAGCUGGAGCUGAAAAAAGACUUGUUCACUUUAGAUGAAGCUGUGGCUCUGGAGUUGCCUCAGUGGAGUGGCCCAAGGCUGAACUGUGAACUGAGAGAAGAGGUGACAGAAAUGCUGUGGAAGUUUGCUCAAUCAGACGUGUGUCAGAAGCCAGAGGUUCAGGAGGCAGAAUCUGCUCUGCAAGAUCUGCUCGGAGGAGAGAAGUUUGUAUGUAAGAGAAUGAUUCUCCCCCACACUCGCUCCAUUGACCUGGAAGUACAUCUCGACCCCACUGGACAGCCAGUACCUGUGAACCCAGCAUCCCACACAGCCACCCUAUCUCCAGAGAACAGUUCAUCUACAUUUCCUUCUCAUCAGGGUUGGGGGAGAAUGAAUAUAGGAGUAACUAUAACUGAGGAACUUUUAGCACAGCUCACAAAUACCAAAAACACCCCUGAACCUUUAACCCCAUCUCCUACGAUUAAGCGGCCUACAUCUCUUCACAGAGUAGAGCCUGAUGAAGGUGGGAGACUGUUUGACACAGGGCUCGACCUGACCAGUGACAUUAUAGAAACUCUUGCCAAACCCAGUAGUCGAGGAUCAGCUCCUCAGAACUUCAAAGGCACAGUCAAACUUGCUAUCCAAGUUUCCAGCAGGAACCACUAUUGCUACCAUUCGCAGCAGUUGUUGGGCCUUCAUGCGAUGAAGAGGAGGCAGUUGAAGUUGGCAGGCUACACAGUUGUGGAGCUUAACCAUCAGGAGUGGUCUCCUAUGCUGAGGAAAAGCAAGGCUGAGAAGCUGGCACACCUGCACUGCAAAGUCUAUAACAGUCUGCGAUGAUUAUCAAGAGUCCACGCCACCCAGUACUUUGGCUUCUGGUCAAUCUUUAGUUUGUUAGGGUAUGUACAAAGCAUAGAAAAUGGUCUAUUAAAGGAGAAUUCCGGCCAAUUUUUACGUUAAUCUUGAUCGCUAUAAAUAUGCGUGUACUUUCGUUUGGAAAAAAACCCGACCCGAAUCGGUGCAGGCAACACAGAGUAGCUGCAGCUAGGCUAUGUGUACAAGCUUCCACUAAGCUAAAUCGGCAGUUGUCGGGGCAGGUUUUAGAGUGCCUUUGUGCCUCUUAACAGACACAAAAUGCAAUUAAAAUGUCUGUGCAACAUGAACAGGGCCCUUGCGUGACAACAAGAUGUGUUUUCAACUCAGACAUUGUUUUAAUUCACCUACCCUGUCUCGAUUCUGCUGGUAGCUAGCUCGCCCUGUUAGCUGCUAGUGUUAGCUACUGGCUGCCGUCCGUGAUAAAUGUGUUGAGCCAAAAUAUCACACAGCAGUUCCGUGUGUAUUUUUACCUCAUCCAUUUUGUGUGUGAUCGAUCUGGUGUUGGUGAGUAGGAUGCUUGGCAGUGUCGAUCGGUGUAGUAGUUCCCUUAGCCGCGCUAGCAGGCACGACCUUGCUUCGCAGAGCGAUCUGCACACUGUUUAUCUUUUCCAGCUACACCGAGGCUUCAGCGCGAGACUACAGAUAGCCUUCUCUAAUGUUUCCAUGUAGUAACCUAGUCACUGAUAUGGUCAUAACCACUACAGUGCUCAAUUAGCCUACCUAUUUUUGAGGAGGGAUAAACUUCAAGUUUUCGUUGCGAAGGUGUGACCUGUCCUCUGGAGGACAUAGCCAGACCACUUGGCGCUCACUGGAUUGUUUUCGGGAGCUGGAGGCGACGAAAGCGGUGAGAAAUCAGAAGCAAGGAUGCCGGCCGGUCGGGCCUGCUAGCGCAGCUAAAACUACCACACAAAUCGACACUGCCAAGCCUCCUCUCACCAACACCAGAUCGAUCACACACAAAAUGGAUGAGGUACAAAUACACACGGAACUGCUGCGUGAUAUUUUGGCUGAACACUUAUCACGGGCGGCAGCUAGCAGCGAACAGCUAACAGGGCGCGCUAGCUACCAGCAGAAUCGAUAAGAAUGUCUGAGUUUAAAAUGCAUCUUGUUGUCACUUAAGGGCCCUGUUUACGUUGCACAGACAUUUUAAUUGCAUUUUGUGUCUGUUAAGAGGCACAAAGGCACUCUAAAACCUGCCCCGACAACUGCCGUUUAGCUUAGUAUACGUAGCUGCAGCUACUCCAUGUUGCCUGCACCGAUUCAGGUCGGGUUUUUUUCAUUCAUUUUUUCAUUUAUAGCGAUAAAGAUUAAUGUAAAAAUUGGCCGGAA